AGGGAAGGUGAGAGGGUGACAAGAAGCAUCUGCCAAAAGUUGCAUAGUGAAAAUUUAAUGGAUCUCAGACAAGAAUUUUGGGGAUUCUGGAGUUUUGCAAUGCUCUGACAGGGUCUAUCUGAAACUAACAUACUGCAGGCUCAUUGAAGGAGAAUAGCUUAUACGCGAAAAUGAGUCAGUUCGAAUAUAUUUUCAAGUACAUCAUCAUUGGGGAUAUGGGAGUUGGGAAAUCCUGCCUUUUGCAGCAAUUCACUGAAAAACGCUUUCCUGAAGACCAGCCCCACACGAUUGGAAUCGAAUUUGGAACUCGAGUGUGUGAAGUGAACGGGAAGGUUAUCAAACUGCAGAUAUGGGACACGGCGGGACAAGAGCGAUUCCGUGCUGUGACAAGGAGUUACUAUCGCGGAGCUGCUGGUGCGAUCAUGGUCUACGAUAUAACGACAAGAAGUUCAUUCAAUCAUUUAGCCACCUGGCUCACCGACGCUCGCAACCAUACGAACCCUAGCACGGUGAUGAUGCUCAUUGGAAACAAGCUUGACAUGGCCAAGCAGCGCGAGGUUUCGUUCGAAGAGGCAGACGCUUUUGCCAAGGACAAUGGUCUCAUCUACCUGGAGGCAUCUGCCAAGACUGGACAGAAUGUCGAAGAAGCAUUCCUCAGAACUGCUCGAAAGAUUUACGAAAACAUUCAAAGUGGAGCCCUUGAUCUCAACGCUGCAGAAUCUGGCGUGGUAUCCAACCGCACAAGGAGCAAUAGGAUCAAAGCUGGACAAACACCCACUAACGCUUCGUCAUGCUCCUGUUGAUCUCGUCUCAUUCAACUCCAUCUUACAAAAUCGAUGUACAUUUAAAUCUUGCCUAAGAUU